AUGAAGGAAGAAAGCGGGGAUGGAGACUGGCAGCAAUUCGACAAGGCUGUAUCCCGCGCCAGCUUGGCAGUUGAGUUGGCGGCACCAGUUCCUGAGCAAGCCUUCCUCGUGGUCAGGCUUUUGGGGAGGUUGAAUCGAGAAGUUGGAGGCAGGAUCAAGGGGAGUAUGGCCGGUGGGGAGAAGCGAAAAUGGUGGCUUCAUUACCAGAUGGGCCGGCAGACGGUCUUCCCUGAUCCCUUUUCUCGCUCUGGCCUCGGCUUGCUCUUCAUACGCAAGUUUAGACGGCAGUCUUUCGACUUUGGAGGCAUUACGUCCGCGCACCAAAAAUUCCAACUCGACAAAGUCCCCUGGGCUGCCGCUGAGAGCCGGAGGGCAGUGCUGCGAGGCGACGUGGGGAAGAGAGAACCAUGGGAACUCGUUUAUAUGGUAUUCCGCUGUGGCAGGAUACUGUCUCUCACCUAUCUGUUCUCAUCUGAGCGCAAAGCGACGACAGGGAAAGAGCCUCAGUCCUUGGCCAUUCCACUGAGUACCAUCACCAUAAAUAAGCGUACGCGGGUUUCAAAUGCCCAGGUCUGCUCCAUUCCCGUGACGACAUACCGCUGGCAGUGUUUGACCAGCCAGUACGAAGUACAGCCUGCCUCACCGUCCCACUACUCAGCCACCCCCAUCUUAAUACUGUGCAAUCCAAUAUCCGACUUGGUAACAAUCACGAAACCAACGCACAUACGUUGGGAGGGUGUACGAAUUUAUGACAGAUCGCCUCACUUCCUCACCAACAACCAAGCCCCGAGCACGUCUCCGUUACAACUUGAUCAUUUUGAAAGCUCAGGUAUGAGUUACGACAAUGAUCCUCGCGACUAUGGUCGUCGCUAUGUGCGCGAGGACAGCCGUCCCGAGCGAGAAUCCCGCUUUGCCGAUGAUUCCUACCUGAAACCUUACAGCCCCCGCGAGCUGAUCCCGCGGAGACGCGAAGACAGUGAUUUAUCCGUCGAAGAGGUCCGCCGGGAGUUCCCGCCUCCUGGAUAUCGCGACGCUCGCAGGGCCCGCUCAGCCGAGCCUGGUCAUUACCAAGACUAUCGCUAUGACGAUCGUUCCCGGGAUCAUCAUGAACGCGACUACUACGACCGCGACUACGACCGCGACUACGACCGCCGAGGCAAGAAGAGCAGUAGCACAUAUUAUGAGGACGAAGAAAAGAAAUCUCGGAAGCGUGUCCUGAAUCAGCAAGAAAAGAUCAUUGCGGCGGUUGCUGGCGCCGCCCUGGCUUUCGGGGGGAAAGAGCUGUAUGAUCGCUAUGAUGCCAAGGAGAACGGCACCCCCGUCGAACGCAACUACCUCACCUCGGCAGCCCUCAGCGCGGCUGGUGCUCUGGCAGGGUAUCAAGGCGCCGAGAUCUACAAUAAGAAGGCCGGCAAGCACGACAAGCAGUCCCAGCUGAUCGCACACCGCGGCCGUGACGACGAUGACGAUGGACAGAAGAAAGGUGCCAAGUCGUUUCUCGAGAGUGCCCUCGCGGCCUCGGGUCUGGGUGCUGCCGUAAAGGCGGUGACAGGCGGCGGCUCCGACAGCAAAGACGACAAGGACGACACCCGAAGCCGCCGCGGCAGCCAGGACGGCGAUUCUCUUGCCCGGUCCAAACCUCGCGAGCGCGACGCCGGCAACGACAAAUUUGCCAAGGCACAGAAGGCUGCCAUGGCCUCUCUUAUCGCCGGUGCGACCGAGGCCUUCCGCGUCGCCAGGGAGCCCGGCGGCUGGAAGGGCGAGAAGACGAAGCGCAUAGUUACGGCUGCUGCCGGUGCUGCCGCCGUCGACGCCGCCCAGGGGGGCGACAAAGAUGGCAAGAUGAGCCUGGCCGAAUCCGUCAUCGGAGGUCUCCUGGGGAACCGUGUCAUCAACGGUUCGAAGAGCAACAUCGAGGAAGAUAAGGCGACAGGCCGUAGCCGAUCUCGAUCUCGUGCGCCUUCUCGCUCAGGAGCGGACGGCGGCAGUGGCGGCGUCAGUGGUCUCGCAGCGCUGGCGACGGCUGGUCUCGGUGCGCUAGGCGCCAAGAAGGCCUACGAUCACGUAAAGGACAAGAGGUCGCCGAGCCGGGGCCGUAGUGCGGACUCGAUCGAUAGUCGAGAUGAUCGUCGACAACGCAGCCGGAGCCGCAGCCGCAGCGUGGUUGACGCGGCGCGCAAGAGGCUCGCAAAGUUGGGAAUCGGAAACGGUCCCGAUGACAGGGACGCAGACCGAGACCGACGUUCCCGUCGGGACGACAGCGAGUACGAGGAUACACGGAGCUCACGGCGCAAGUCACGGAGGUACUCGGAUGAAUCCUACGACGAUGAUGAUAAUGGUCGGUCCCAUCCGUCACGAGGUACCGGGGAUGCUCGCGACCCCGGUCACAGGGACAGGGACAGGGACAGGGACUCCAGGGAUUCUUAUUACGACGACGACAGGUCUUACACUAGCAACCGGCGGCGAGACCGGUCGCGGCGGAGGCACGGCGGGCGGUCUGACGCGGGAUCAGACUCGGAUCUGGGAGACUCGGAUGAUGAUCUGAAGACAUCGAGGAGAAUGAGAGGUAAGCAAGUUCUCACCACAGGCCUGGCGGCCGUAGCCACCAUUCACGCAGCGAACGGAGUCUAUCAAAGCAUGGAGGCGCGGACGGCUCGGCAGAAGGCCGUUCGCGAAGGGAGACUGAGCCUCGAGGAAGCCCGAAAGUUGAAAGCGAAGGCCAUGCUACAAGAUGCGGCCCAAAUCGGCCUGGCUGGGCUAGGCAUUCAUGGCGCCAUGUCUCAGCUUAAGUCGGCAAAGGAGAAGACCAAUGAGUGUCGGAAUUGGGAACACCGGCGAGCUAUCCGACACCAGAGGCGGAUCGAGCGACUCGAGCGGCAACCGCGGCAGCAGGAGCAGCGGCACAACGAUGGCGAUGGCCGGUCUUCUUCUUCAUCAUCUUCUCCCUCAGGGUCCAGGUAUAACUACGGAGACCGGUUUCUCGACGGAAACCACUACUCUGUCGGCGCUUUGCCCCCGCCGUCUGCGACGGAGCGCGGCAUUGUGGUCAUUUUCACCCUCCGCCUCUGCUUCCGCCUCUGCUUCCGCCUCUGCUUCCGCCUCUGCUUCCGCCUCGCUUCGGACUGA